AUGAGCGAUCAUCUGAGUACUCCGCCCCAGGAGCAGGGCCAUAGAAGGAAUAAGGCGUCUAUUACUCGUGCAACAAGACCACGAUCUUCAACCAAAGGCCCUUUAGAUGCCGACAAUGGGCUCUUGACAUCUCCAACGGCCUCUGCCUCUCAGCUCAGCCCAACUCUCAUGUCACCAGCACGAUCUCCCUCCAACGCAGCGCAUCCUCGACAGGCCCCGCCAUCUCCGACUCCCCAACUGGGAGAAGCGAGGCCAAAGGACUUUGCGUUUCUCUUACAGCCUGAAAUCUACCAUCCCCUGAACUCACAAAACAUCCCCCCCGCAUUCAGAAACUCACAGAAGCAGCCCGGCCCAGAAGUGCCGAUAGACCAGCUGUUAGCCAAAGGCCACUUUCGGGCAGCAGCCAUUGCAGCAGCCCAGGAGCUGACUGGCUCAGUCAUAAAUGGGAGCAGCAUCGAUCCGCAUGAUGCCAACAGGAUAUUCAGGCUUCUGUACACCCGACUUGCCUGUCUAACCUUGAUUGACGCCACGUCGCUUGCAGCCCAGGAGGCCAAGGCACUAGAAGACCUAAACGACCCUCGGAGAUAUAUAGAUGAUACCACAAACGAGCAUCUUGUGCCAUGGGAGCUACGCGUACUACACGUGCGGCUGCAGGCGCUCGGUUUUGGAGACCCCCGUCGUGCUGUCAUGAGCUAUCAUGAUCUUGCCAGAGAGGCUAGAGAAAAUAUUAGAAAGGCGUCUUUGGUACAUGACAACUCUGCCAGAGAGCUUUGGAAGUCGCGGCUCCAUGAACUGGGCAUCAAAGUUGCAGGGGCUCUGAUUGAAAUGGACGAUCUGUCUGGCGCGGCGCAUCACCUCAGCGGUCUUAAAGAUCGAGGCGACGGCAAGCUGGCUCUAUCAAAAGCACUGCUUUGGCUACAUCUCGGCGAUACACGGAAUGCGCAGUUAUGUGCAAGCCAGUGCUCUGAGGAUACCGAGAGCGUUGAGAAGAUAAUCCUGGCCUUGUGCGACAUGGCAGACUCGAAUUAUGAACAGGCAUUGCAGAAAUGGCAGGAGUUUGAUAUUAUGACGGUAGAUGAGAUGGUUGGAGUGAACCAGGCCGUGUGUCUAAUCUACCUUGGACGAAUUCAAGAGGGCCGUACAAUACUGGAGAAACUGGUCGAUUCAGGCUUAUCGUCGCAUACUUUACUGUUUAAUCUAUCGACAACGUACGAGCUAUGCUCAGAAAGGAACCGGAUAUUAAAGGGCAGACUUUCGGAAAAGGUUGCUAACAUGGAAGAAUCGCCAUUUGGAUGGGAGAAGACGAAUGCUGAAUUCAAGCUCUGA